CUCCCUGAGGGCCCAGGAUUCUCUGGAGUCGCUCCUGCCUCCUCCUGCCUCCUGUAGCCUCUCCAGACCUCACAGCCAUUGCGGAGGGCAGGCCCCUGGGGGCUCUGCCCCGCAGCACGAUGACGGGGAAGAUCCCCCUGGGCGUCGCCUCCCCUUACGUGAAGACGAGUUCAGGGGGCUGCACGGACCCCAUGAAGUUCUACGCCACCACCUACUGCACGGCCUAUGGCCGGGAGGAGUUCAAGCCCCGCAUGGGCAGUCACAGAGGCACCGGCUACAAAUCGAACUACCGGCCUGUGGUCUCGUUCCAAGCCGGCCUCCGUGCUCCGGACAACCCAGCCAUGGGGGAACAAGUCCGGGACAGCUUCCAGACGGUAACCGGCCAGAGUUACCGCCCCCUGGAGGUGCCCGAUGGCAAGUGCCCGCUGCCCGGGAGCUUGUACCAGACCAGCUCCGGCUACUCUCUGGAGAAGGCCGGCACGGCACCCACCAUCAAGGAGGUCCGGAAGGUGCACUUUGACACCCAGGACUACGGGCCGCAGGCCAUCACCGGGCUGGAGCCCAAGCAGGUGUCCCUGCUCCAGCAGCAGAGCAAGGGCUCGGUGGAGUGGGAGAACGCCCGGCACGGCCCGCGCUUCAUGACUUCCGAGUACAAUUCCAAGUACCUCAGGGAGCCCUCAAGCCAGCCAGACCUCUUGCAGAAGAAAUCCAUCGGGGCCAAGGAGGAGAGCGGCUUCACCGAGGCGUCCGCCAAGAACCCCAUCGCCUCCCAGGCGCUCCCCGGGGACCCGGCCCUCCUUCCCGGCCGGAGCACCAGCAAGGCGGACUUUCUCCCCAUGGCCCCCCUCCACGGGGACGAGCUCCUGCCCCAGAUGUCCAGGGACGCGGAGCGGGAGACUGGCUUCAGCCGAGUGAAUGAGAGGAUUCUGGGCUCCAGAGUGCCCCCUCCCAGCCCGGAGCGCAGCAGCGUGACCCACUGGCAAUUCCAGCACCCCCAGCGAGUGCAACAGACAAAUGUCUCCCUGCUUGGCCGGGAGAUGGUGGGGAACAAGGAGCCCACAGGGUACAGCCUUAACAACGCCGGCUAUGUCCGCAGCCCCUACGACCCCGGCCUGGACAAUCCCUACCUGACCUCCUACAACCAAGGGUACUUCGAGAACAUCCCGAAGGGUCUAGACCGGGAAGGCUGGACUCGAGGGGGCCUCCAGCCGCAGAAACCUGGAGGCUAUGCCCUCAACCAGCCGGUCACCCGCAUGGAGGCCAUCCCCACCCCCACGGAGAGCCUGAGGCACCUGCACCCCCACGUGGGAAGAACCCUGAUCUCAACGGACCCCUUCUACCGCCCCCCGCCUCACAGCGGCCGCUUCAACGCCCCCCACUGAGCCGAGGCCUGGCACAGGUUCGCCAGGCCAAUGGGACAGGAGCCGGCUGCUGUCCCUGUCCCCCCGCAGAGCCCCUGGGACCCCCCCCCCCCAGUUACUUUCCUAAUGAAAUAAAGAGCAGC